AUCUCGGAAUAGAGGAAGUGCUCUCGCGCGCGGUGCGGUGUGCGGUGGACCGGAUUGGUGACCCCCCGAAGAAAACGGAGGACGCGUUCGCGCACUGUGCUCCGUGAGUCACGCGUUAGAUCUCUCAUCGUUCUUCGUGGGACGUGCCUCCCCGGAUCCCGGGACGCCCGUCGGUCGCGGCGUCGUCGAGUUGCGGAGGAUGCGCGGCGCGCGGUGAGAAUCCUGAGAGGGAAUAUCGCCGGACGGGGAUCUCCGAGAUUGUUUACAUUCUUCCGCAAGCGUUGCUUCUUACUCCUACGGCGGGAUUGACCGCCAUAUAGGGAACCACUUUGCCCUCCUUCCGCGUGCCUUUUUUCCCCUCGAGCAACAGGUUCGAGGGAUUCGAGUGGCUUAACGUUGCGCUGUAUACGACGAGGGAGGUGCUCUGGACCAUCUGGAAAGGUACCGAAGGAAAGAAAGUUUGCUGCUGCUGUUGCUGCUGGCACCGUUGGUGUCGAGACGUCGCGCGAGCGUGCCCUCCGGAAGGAUCCCGGGUACCCCCGGGAGCUCCUCGAGCGACUAGAAAAUCCUGAGAUGCCUCGCGAACGCCCACGGGAAUAUCCUGCGAGUACUUAAUUUGAAUGCGGGCUCGAAAAAUCGCGACUUUAUUUCCACGGAGGAAAGCGCGCCCGAGGCGUCGAAGAUGUGACGCGCGUCGCGUAUACCGGCCGACGAACGUGUAAAGGGAACGUCGACAAGAGAGAAAAGAAGAAGGAAAAAAUGGUACGCGCGGCAAUCGCGGUUCUCGUUUUCAUCUCCAGCGUGUCCGCCUACGAGCAUACCGCCGCGGAUCAGUGCGACUGGUCCGGAAGCGGGGGAGGAGAAGGCGGUGGUGUUCGACCGGUGUAUCUGCGCUGUGCCCGGGGAACGGUGCUGUGGAGUUAUCCGCGUGAUGCUCUGAGGGUGGUCCUCUCCUUCCCGGUCUCGUUCUCGGAGACCAAUUCUUCCGGCUACCUCGGUUUCCGUGCCUGCGUCAAGAUUUCCGGGCCCGUGCGGGUCUUCCUCGAGGCCAGCGGCAAGCUGAGGCAGAUCUACUCCCCGUCCGACGGCAAGCACGUACUCUCGCACCGGUGCUUCCGCUCGCGGAAGCGUACGGCCGCGCUUUACAUGGAAGCGGAGGACGAUUAUUCCUUCAAAAGCGCCAAGGUCAAACUGCAGUACGACUUGGAGCCAAAUUCCGUGAAGGGUGGCACGCUGCGCGUGCCUGACGAGGAAGAGGAGUGCAGACCCUGUUCCAUGGAGGAGCUAGCCAAGGCUUACUGUCAGAGCGACCUGGUCGCCGAAGGCACCGUCACCGCCGUCGAGCAGAACUUCGAGAUGGACACUGCCGAGCUGAUACUCAGGGCCACCAAGAUUCUGCGCUACGUACCUCAGGAAGCCGAGGGUAACGAAAUCGACGUAACGGCGUCUCUGAAGAAGAGCAUACGCGUGAGAGUACCGAUGGCAUGCGACGCACGACACGGCCUCGGCGAAUUUGUGAUAAUGGCCAAACGACGUCUCGGAGACCUCACCCUGGUGUGCGCGCCCAGAUUGGAGGCGUGGGAGGAGAUUGUACGUGAUAUGGACAACGCGCCCUGCGUCCUCCACAGUUAGCGAAUGCGAUUUUAAGGUGAUUUUCUGCGGAAAGCCAUAAAGGAACGUACACGAUGCACAAUAGAUAUAUGAGUACAGUAUCGCCUUUACGAAAUUGGAAAUCACUGUUAGAGCAAUACCGAAUAGAAAACUGCCGGUCUAGCCGUUUGUACGAGGAUACCUUUGUAUAUAGGGAACAUCCAUUCUUUGUGUACAUACCGCAUACUGUCAGAUUGUCGAUCUCCAAACUGUGAUAUUAUUUGUUGUAUUAAGAGGAACGUGGAGGAACGUGCACGAAGAAACGGAAAGCACACUUUGCCUUAAUACUUGUUCUAGAGAGUAGAGAAACUGUUACAUAUAGAAUAUCCCAUGCAUCGCUCACUUUCCCGUAAAAAUUUCCUUUUCGUAAGUCUCAUUUCUUCUUUUUCUCAUUUCCUAUUUCGUAACCAUCAUUUUCUCGUUUUAUUACGUACGUUUUAUAACGUAUUAGAAUUUUAUUGAAAUAAAAUAUAUUUGAGAUUAUGAUUCUAUUACGUAUUUGUAUUUUCCUUGAAGCUUGAAUCCCUUCAAUUCGUCUGUAAUUUAAUUGCGAAUACCUUCGUUCUUGAAGUUUAAUACGGGAGCAACAUUCCGUUAGAAUCUGUUGCCAAGAGAAAGUGCGCAGUGAUUACUAGGUACAUUGGAGUUUUAUUGGACGAGUACGUCGACUCGCCGCAGAGUUAAACAUAUUUUUUGUUUAUAUUGAUUACAAUUAUGACAAUUUUAUAUAGAUUUAAUAAAUAAAAGUAUUUUAUAUAAAUUCCAAUACCGAUUGGAAUAACUGUUCUUAUAUCAGUAUGAUAAAACAUAUGUGUAUAAAAAUAAAGAUAUUUGGAAAUGAAGAAAAAUUAUGCAUCUCUCUGUCCAUAUACUCUGUACUUUUAAUACAUAAAGGGUUGUGUACAUAAUAAAAAGUUGUUCAUAACGAAUCUGAAUCGACAGAGAGUCAUAUAACUUAUACAAUUGAGCGUUAAUACAAUUUACA